GAGCGCAGACGGAGACCGAGGCAAUGGGGUCCUGGCCAGCCCCGGGAGAUCUCACCCAGACUUAAAUUUCAGAGGCUUAAAACCUCAGACCCGUGUGAGCUGUGACUAAUUUUUUUUUUUUUUCUGACCCAAGGUGGAUUACCAGGAUUAGCUGGUUAUCAAGGUUGAUUCACGCCACCCUAUUUUUGCUGGAGAGUCCCAGUGAGACGAGAGUUUGGACAAUUAAGUGACCUCAAUUCUGCAAUAGAAGGAGACCGAGGACUUCAAUAAAGCAGAGCAAGGACCUUGAAUAAAGACUGGAGAACCUACGAUGGAUCCAGAAUAUGAGAGUGAUCCCCCAGUGCACGAGAGGUACUACCAUAACCAAGAUGAAUCCGAGGAUCUAACUAGUCCUCAGGCCACUACAUCAGAGGAGGAAGCAGACCCCUCAUAUUUUCCUCAUCUUGAAACUAUUAGUAAGAGGAAGCGUCGUACCAGAUCUCGCAAGAGAUCUCGGAGGGCCCGGUCCACUACCAGAAGGUCUUCGGGCACAAGAUCGCAUAAAGAAACCAAGUGCCAGGUUGAGAAAAAGCAAAGUCCCUCCGAAGUUCCACGUUCUACAGCUGGGCAGGGUCGGAAAACCCCUCUCGAUAAGGCAACAGGGCUGCUGAUAGAGUUCCUCAUGAGCAAGUAUAAAAAGAAGAAGACUUUUACAAAGGCAGAUAUGCUAAGGGUUGUGGGUAAAAAGUGCAGAAACCACUUCCUUGAAAUACUGGCAAGAGCUUCAUUCAGCAUAGAGGUGGUAUUUGGUGUUGAUGUAAAGGAAAUUGAUUCUGCCCACAAUACCUAUGUCCUUGUCAGCAAAAUGGAUCUCCCCAACAAUGGGAGAGUGACCCCUGGCCAGGGGUUUCCUAAAACAGGCCUCCUCAUGAAUAUCUUAGGUGUGAUACUUAUAGAAGGCAACAGAGCCAGCGAGGAGAAAAUCUGGGACUUUCUGAAUAGGAUGAAGAUCUAUGCUGGCGAGAGGCACUUCAUCUAUGGGGAGCCCAGGAAACUCAUCAUGCAAGAUCUGGUAAAAUACCAGUAUUUGGAAUAUCGCCAGGUGCCCCACAGUAAUCCAGUCCGAUCUGAAUUCUUAUGGGGACCCAGGGCUAUUGCAGAAACCAGCAAGAUGAGAAUCCUGGAGUUUUUGGCCAAGAUCAAUCAUACAGACCCCCGUGCCUUCCAACACCACUAUUUAGAAGCUUUGAAGGAAGAGAAACUCAGAGAGCAGGCUGCCACCAACACCACACCAGUAAAUGAUCCAGAAUCAAGCCUGACAACUUCCCCCAUACCUAAUGAAUUUGAAAUGGAAAUUUCACUUGAUGAAACUGAAGACAUCGAGUAGUGGAGGAGGGCUGGGUGCAAAAAUGGGAACCCAU